CGCGUCGCACAACGACGUGUGCACAGCCCGCCGUUGUAUAUGUGUGUGUGUCUGCUAUAGAUUCGUGAGUGGGGGGUAUACAACAACAACAAGAGAGUGAAGUUGUGCGUGCAAAUCAUUUGGUCAUUCAUCUCUCCGGGAAUUAAUAACCGCAGCUACAGGACUAUACACGAAUAGCCAUUCAAAGGCAAAAGAAGAAGAGAAUACAAGGAGCCUCGAUGUCACUGGUGGCCGUCAUCGCUGCGUUGCUGCUGGCAUUCGCCGCCGGCGGCUCCUGGGGCGCUGGAUGGGAGAGAGCGGACAGCGUGACUGGUGGCUCCGCCGGAAUUCGGAUAGUCGAGUUUACCAACUCGUCGGCCGUGAGCAUCGAUUGCGACUGGACGGUGCAGCAGCAGCAGUCGACGGGUGACAUAACCGGCCGUAUCAGACGUCCGUCAUCACUCAGCCCGGCCAAUAAUAGGCCGGCCAUCCAUCAGCAGCCGGGGAUAGACGGCGGCGGACUAGUUGCUGAUAAUAGUGACAGCAGCAGCGGCGGCGGCGGCGGCAGUCAACCGGCGACGGACGGAAUCGCUUUGACUUGGCUGGACGCCAAUCGACAGCCCGUCGUCUCCAUUCCGGGCAUCAGGCACGUUCUGAGCAAUGGGACUUUACAUUUUCCGGCUUAUCGCAGCGAUGCCUACCGGCCAGAUGUCCAUUCGGCCGAGUACAGGUGUCUGGCCAGCACGGCCACCGGGGCGCUCCUGAGUCCUCCAAUCAUCAUCCGCUCAGCUGUAAUUGGAGCCCUGCAGGUGUACGCCAGCGACGCUUACACCUUGCCGGGCAACCCGGCCGUCCUCCCCUGCCUGGUCAUGUUGCCCGUGGAGCAAGCGUGGGCCGUCGAAGUGACGCACUGGACGGCAAGUUCGGGUCCCAACAACCAACACCUGGUCGAUUCCCACAGCAUCCCCCAGCCCGGUUCCAAGUACGCGGUCAUUGGCGGACAUUUACACGUGUCUGACGUCACACUGGAAGACACUCUGAUGUCGUACCGCUGCUUCGCCCGUCACCGACUCAACCUCGCCCAGAAGGCGGUCAAUAAUUAUUCCAGCCCUCCGGCCCGCAUCGUUUUCACUCACCAACAGCAGCAGCAGCAGCAGCAACUGCCAAUGGCUCCGCAGCUCGUGGCUUUUGUCCACCGGCCGUCGACAACUUCGCUGAGGAUUCGACACGUCCGUCUGGCCCAGGACGACGUCUACAUGACCUGCACCGUCCUGGCCUAUCCGCCAGCCAAAAUCAGGUGGUUUAAAGUGAAUCCUUCAAAUGGAGCGGCCGUGGCUCUGGUGACGGAUGGAAGGCGGAUAACGACGGGGGGCGACUGGUUCCGCAUCGGCCAGCCCGCCGGCGACGAUGCCGGCCGCUAUCGAUGCCAGGCGGCCAACAGUCAGGGCCAGAUGGAAUCGGAAUUCCAGUUGAACGUCCACGGACCCCUGCGCGCUCGACUGGAACCCCAACGUCAAGUUGUCGGGGUCAAUCAGCCGGCCGAGCUGACAUGCAACGUGUCCGGAUUGUUAUCUCCUGGAUUAACGACGCCGUCCAUCCGCUGGACGCGAAACGGAUUGGACAUCGCAGUUGAUGGCGGGCGGUUUUAUCUGCCCCAGGCCAACGUCUUGCGAGUGAAUCGGGCAGCUGUGACCGAUUCCGGAAUGUACCAGUGCUUCGUACGGGUGGACACGAGUGGGCAGGUCCAGCAGCAAUCCGUCACCGCCCAAGCCCUGGCCGGCAGUUACCAGCAAGUACAGGCCAGCGCCGAGCUGAUUGUUCGCGACACGGCCCCGUCUCGACUGACGGAUGUUUUCAACGAACAGAUGGUCUAUCCGGGCCGGCCGGCUUAUCUGCAGUGCUCUCUGGCCAGCAAUUUCAGCCCUUCACCGCCAUCUAUCGCCUGGACUGUCGAUUCCUUGACGGUUCCCUACACAUCCGGACGCAGAGUUUCGAUAUCGUCGCAUCUGCUGGACAACAGCGGAAUUAUCCGGAGUUAUCUCAACAUUAGUUCGUCCGAGGUGGAGGACGGCGGACUUUAUUGCUGUUCCAUUAUUUAUCCGGCCCUUGGAGCCGGACAGAUGGAUCAUUUGGACACGAUUUUAGCGGCUUCUCAAGAGCAGCACUGCGCCAGAUUGAACGUUUACGGAGUUCCGGCCAUCCGGUGGGCUGGUAACAAGACGGCGGUGGCCGGGCAGGAUUAUUACCUUGAUUGCCCGUUUGCCGGCUAUCCUGUCCAAUCCAUUUCGUGGCUAAGAGGCGGUCAGCUGAUCAGAGAUACGGACGCCAAGUACAAGCCGUUUACUAAUGGAACGUUAAGGAUCUCGACUAUGGAACCAGGUGUCGAUAAUGGAGAGUACACUUGUCUGGUCAAAGGUUCCGGCUCAUCCAUGGCCAAGAAAGCCCUUUACGUCGAAAUCAUCCGUCCUCCGGUGAUUGAGCCGUUUGGUUUCCCCAUCCAAGUUCAGGACAGUGGGCGUACGCAAGUGACUUGUUCCAUCUCUUCCGGCGAUCUGCCCAUUAAAGUCAGCUGGACCAAAGAUGGGCGGCCCAUCGCCAAUAAUCUCAACGUCGAGAUGCAGACGGGCGAAUUCCACAGUUUGCUCAUUUUCAAGAAACUCCGCGGAGAACACAGUGGCAUCUACACCUGCACGGCCCGGAAUCUGGCCAAAGCGGCCAGUCACAGCGCCACUCUUCUCGUUCAAGUUCCGCCCAAAUGGAUCGUUGAGCCGCAAGAUAUCGCCCUGCUGGAAAACUAUCCGGCUUCCAUCCCCUGUCAAGUGCACGGAAUGCCGACGCCCAUCGUCCGCUGGUUCCGGAUUGAAGGUGAAAACAACAUUCCCGUCCAUUCAUCCAGCAAGAUCGGAUUAUUAGCCGACGGAUCCAUCCGUUUCUCCAAGAUGGCCAAAAAUGACGAGGGACUUUUCCAGUGCAGGGCCGGCAACAAUAUCGGCAACGCCGUGUCUAAAACAAUCCGCAUCAGCGUCAACGCGGCUGCCAAAGUGCGGAUUCACACAAGUGGCGCCAUUUUCCCAACCGGAUCGGAAGCUGUUCUCCGGUGUGAAGCUUCCGGCGAUCCGCCCAUGACCGUCCACUGGAAGCGGUUCGAUCAGCUCAUCGAAUCCCAUCAGCAAAUGGAUCGUUUCCAGCUCUCUAGUGUGGCGUCGGACGGCCGGGAUUUCCUCGAUCUGAACAUCAGUCGGGUCGAGGCGGAUGACGGCGGAAUGUACGUCUGUCAAGCGGCCAAUCUUUACGGUAGUGACGCCACCGACAUCCGCUUGAUUGUCCAGGAACUUCCCAGGGCUCCUGGCCAACUUCAGCUGACGUCCGUCCAGAGCCGGUCGGCCGAAUUGCAGUGGCUGGACGAGGAUAUCGAUCCAUUGCUGGAAUAUCGGGUCCAACUCACCCGGCCGGGAACGAUCGGCUGGACGUUCAAUCAAACGAUCGAGGCCAGGGGGCGGAGUCUCGUCACUCUCCCUCAUCUCCAUCCGUUCACCGUCUACGAGGUCCAGGUCAAUGCCAUCAACUCGGCCGGAAUCGGCCCGCCUUCCGCUCCGCUUCAGUUCCAAACUCACGAAGAAAUUCCGUCGGGUCCAGUGCGGCACGUGCAAGCGGAAUCGAAAUCUUCCCGCUCAGCGCUCGUCUCUUGGCUGCCGCCCAGUGAAGAAACUUGGAACGGCCGUUUGGUUACGUUCACCGUCAGUUGCCUGGAGACGAAUGGGAACGGCCAAAUCGUCCAGCGGAGUGUGGCCUACACGACGACGGAUUUCAGACCUGUCCGUCGUGUCCAGGUGACGGUGGAAGAGCUCCGGCCGGCCACAGUUUACGCUGUGACCGUCCGAGCCUUGAAUCGAAUGGGUGCUGGCCCGGAAUCCGAUCCGCCGGUCUCUCUGACCACACCGGAAGCUCCUCCUUCAUCCUCUCCGAUUAAUUUGCAUUGCGUCACUCUGUCGGCCGACGCCAUCCAGCUGACCUGGGCCAAUCCGACCGUGGCUAACCACCACGGCCACCUGCAGGGCUUCCGGAUUUUCUACAAAGUGUUUUCCAGCAACAACCGGCACCGGAUCGUUUUAGCCGACGAGGUUUCAUCUUUCCUCCGCCCGGAAUCGAAGAGGGUCGGCCCGAACGUCCUCGAUUCCGUCCUCUACGGAUUACAGGCCUACCAGAAUUACAGCAUCCAAAUAGCGGCACUCAAUCGAGCCGGAAGUGGCCCUCUGAGUGUUCCGGUUGUCUGCCAAACGGAUGAAACGGUUCCUGUGGCCGUCCAUGAAGUGAAAGCUGUUAGCCUGUCCAGCUCUUCGAUCCUGGUGACUUGGCGUCGAUCGACACCCCCUAGCGGCCGGAUUGCGCACUACGUGAUCCAAAUCAAAGACACCGUCACUCAGGAUGUGAAAAGGUUCAUGCAUCACGAAUCGGACAACGCUUUGGAACACCAGAUUGGCCAGCUCGUAGAGAAUCGUCCGUACGAGAUCAGCGUCACUGCCAAAGGUCGAGCUGGAGAAAGUCGCCCGUCUAGAACUUUAACUAUUUCUCCGGCGGCUAAAAAUGGCGCCAAGAUAUUGGAAUUCUCCAGGACAAUUUGGAUCGAAGAAGAACAUCGGACGGACAAAAUUAUUUUACCGUGUCCCACGGCUGGAACAAAUCCGGUGGAGAAAAGUUGGACCUUUGCCGGCCAGCCGCUCAGCAGCAAUCCGCAUUUGAAUUACCGCUGGGAUAAAGAUGGCGCCAUCCAGCUGCUGGACGUGGACAGAAACACGGAAGGCGACUACGCCUGCACGGUCCGCAACCAACACGGACGGGACGCUGUGGUCUUCACUGUGCAUCUACUGCGCCCACCGGAAGUCCCUCAAUUGUCGGUGACUCCGACGUCGACUUCUUCCAUCCGGUUGUGGUGGAACAAACCGUCCAGCAGCAACAGCCGGUUGGGAACCCUUCUGGCCGUCUUGGAGUACAUUGUUCUGUAUCGGCCGGCUUUCUCCGGCUCGGCCGUCCAAGAGAAAUCCGUCGACGGAAGCGAGGAUGGCACCGUGCUGGACGGACUUCUUUGCGGCACCCAGUACGAGCUCCAAGUCCAGGCUAGAAACCAAAUCGGCCUGGGCCAGAAAAGUCCUCUACUGAGAGCCAUGACCCGCGGAUCGGGUCCAGCCAACUGGCCGGAAUUGUCGAGUCUAUUCGGUUUCUCUGCCGCCAUGCCGGCCACCCUAUUCCUCCAUUUGGAUCACUGGCCGACCGGUGGCUGCCGGAUCAAUUCCUUCCAAGUGGAGAAAGAAGGGCCGGUGUUGUCCAGUCCUUCGGCGGAUCACUCGCACGGGAGCUGGAACACUCUGGCGUCUAAUCUCAAUCCGGACGAGCAGCCCAUGUUGAAAGUCAGCGAUUUUAUCGAGGACGAAACGUACCAUCUGAAAUUGACGGCCUCUAGCGACUCCGGAGUCCACCACGCCUCUUACACCGUCCGGCGGAUGUCCGGCAAAAAAGUCGAGUACAACGGGACGGCCUUCGAGGUCUUGCCGAUGUUGGCAUCUGCCGGCCAGUCCAUCAGUUACGAAUCGUUGAUUGUCAUCGCAUCCAUGUCGAUUUCGGGGACGAUGCUGCUCUUCUCGCUGGCCGCCAUCACCUACGUCGUCCACAAGCGGAAAGAGUAUCAGGCCAACGCGGCCUCGGCCGUCGCAGCUGCCGGAAUGUCGGCCAAGAGCGAGUACUCGUUGCGGACGGUGGCCGAGCAGCUGGACAACCAGCCGGUCGACGACAACAACCAUCAGUACCAGCCGCAGCAGCACGGCCGGUCGUUGCCAAGAGCCAACGGAGUCAACGGAAGCAUUUACUCCUUGCGGAAGCAAAUCGAUUUCGACGACGACGAUGAUGACGACGACGGCGACAUCACUCCGUACGCCACGUUCACGUUGAAGCCCAUCAGCGGGAUGGAUACGUGCCGGUCGCUCAUGUCGGCCCCGUCGGUGGUGUCCAGAGGCCGUCCGGACGACAGCCACUCGCCCAACAGCAUCGAGGCGGACGUCAACGGCGUUUUGUACGGGCACCAUCCGACGUUGCCUUGCAUGUCGCAAGCUCCUCCGCCUCCGCAUCCGGCCCACGUCUACCGCCACCUGAAUCGAUCGCCGGUGCCGCCGUACCGGCCGUCGUGCGAGCCGGCCGGCGACUGCCUCUACGGCGAAGCGGAGACCAUCUACCCCAAGAACACGCCCAUCCAUCACGUCCACCAGCAUCCACCUGUGUCGUCCGGAAGGAACAGCGUCGGACGGGCCGUCAGGAAGCACAGCCGCAGUUCCACCUCCAACGUCAACGCCAGACGUCCGGAUGGAUCUUGGAGUUACAAUCCUUGAUCCGUCAACCAGAACUUUUGAUUUCAUCCGCGCUCACACAUCAAAAGAAAACAAAUUUCGUGUGUGUUUGUUUUUCUCUUCUCCAUCCGCCGCCGGGAUUUUUGAUCCGGCGCUCGUGUUGUUCAUUGUAAAACCAAUUUUUCUCUCCCCUUCUCAAUUCCGGGAGGAGUGAAACUGAUCUCCUUUCAUGUCGAAUUUCUUGUUCUUCUUUUUCUUUUUAUGGCGAUUUAUUGGAUCGCUUUUUUGAAUGUCGCAUCCGCACACACGGAAUUUCACCCCAUCCCGGCACACACUGUUAUUCCCGUUAUUUGUGUGUAUGUACAUUGUUUUUUUGUUUUUUCUUUCUCUGUACAUAUAUUUUAAAAGGAGAACCUGCACAGUUCUCUCUAUAAAAUAACAACCCCCGUAAAAGAGAAAUUCUUCCGGCGCGUGACUCGUACUCCAUCCACUCCUUUUCAAUGUACACACACAAGACACAGACAUAAAAGUCUAUAAAUUUUAGACCAAUCCAUCUGGCUAUGGCAUCACGUAGAUAUAAAACAAAACACAGCACACACACACACACAAUAGGAGCACACGGGUCGAAUUUGUUCUUUCUAUUCCGGAGCUCCUGAAUAGGGGACCGAUUUGACGCUGGAAAAGAACGUGACCUGCUUUCUUAACAUAAAACGAGGAGCCGGACGUAAAUAUAAACAUAAUGGAUCGAAGGAGAGACUUUUGGAUAGACCACAAGACGAAGGUCGUCCCUCCGACUUUUUUAAUGGUUGAGAGAUGACGGAACGGCAAAUGGAAAAAAAUCCGGAAGGCGCAUGCGCCGCCCAGCAGCAGCGGAGAAGUAGAUGGGAAGAAAAUUCCGCUUUUGGGGGGUUCAUUCUCAGUUGUACAUCGUCAGUUCAUCCGUGCACAGUUUCUCCCCCCGGUUUUUUCGUCAGU